AUGGCGCCCCCUCAUAAUGCUUCAUCUACCAGUUCUUUUAUUCCACACGCAGCGAGUCUUGUAGGCGAGGAAGUCAACAGAUCAAGGAGAUAUGCAGGAGUCGCAAUAUCUCUCCAGACCUCAACAUAUUGUACGAGCUCAGAGAACAUGGAACCAGCAUCAGUCAGCCUCCCUGUCCCAGAUGAAGCAGAGCGGGGCGCACUUAGCAUGCAAAGCGGCAGCGAAGGCAUUAGUAUCCACGACAAUGAAGAACAGGAAGCUUUUUCCAGUAGCGAUGAGGACGAAUACAGGGUGGUCAUGAAGCCUGCAUCUCAUAAUCCUCCUUCACUUCCCACGCAGCCAUCGACAGGUCCAGCAUCUACUGAAAGGCUCCCCAGCUCUCAAACCGAAUCAGUUUCUCACGCUCCAACCUUGUCACGCGCUCCAGUGGUGUCUUUUCCGACUGAAUUGAUGCGAGGUUUACCAGGAACCUUGGAAGGACACAUGGACAUAAUUAGCCCAGAACGAUCAAACACAAACGCCAACGCAGCUUCUGACAACGACGCAGUUGAGAAAGACUAG